GUGAAAUAAUUUUUGUCUGUGAAUUUGUUAUUGUUAUUGAAAAAAUAAAUAAAUACCAUUAUUGAUAUCAAUAUUUAAUUUUAAUUCGAUGAGUAAAUUGUAUACAAGUAGUAAUAGUAUUAUUAAAUGUUUAUAUAAAUAUGAGAUUAUAUCAUAUCGAUGAAAUAUUUUAAUGGAUUUGAUGUAUGAUGAAUUUCACUAUUAUACAAUUUUUGUUGAAAUUGAUGUUGAUAGUUUUUGGAUUUAAAUCCGUGUUUGUCCAAUGUGACAAUCCAGUUUGCAAUGAAAAUCAUGACGCCAAUAAACAGUGAGAAAAUAAAACAAUUCAUAAUAAUUUUUAUAAUAUAUUUAUAUAAUAUUUUGUUCAUAAUAGAUUUAUAUUCAUAAGUACUUUGGAUGGUAAACUAACAGCAUUAAAUACUCUUGAUGGUGGAACAGAAGUUUGGGAAUUGUCAACUGAACCAGGAGCUUUGUUAUCGUCUAGUAUUGAUCAACUUGAGGUAAACAAAAAUAUUUAAAUAAACAUGCUAAAAUGAUUUAUUACCAGUGUAUGUAAACGUUUAAGAUUAUGAAUAGUUCAUGUUUUAGAUAGCUAGCAUAAUAAUCCAUGUGGUGUUAUAGGUACCUUAUCUAUAUUACAAUGUAAAUGUUUUAAACUAUUUUGGUAUUAAUUUAAAAUAUUUCUGUUUUAAAGUUAUCAAACCACGGUUAUUGGAUACGAAUGAUCCCAUCAUUAAGUGGAAGUCUUUACAAAUUUGAUGGUGAAAAUCUUGAUCGUAUACCAUUUACUGUUGAUUCUUUAUUAAAGUCAUCUUUCCGGUACAAUGAUGAUCUAAUAAUAUCUGGUAUGUUUCUUUUUCAUAACACAAUAAAUAUUUUGAUUUAAUUACAAAAAUAUGUUUAAUACUAAAGGAGGUAAGAUCAGUCGAACAUAUGGCGUGGAUAUGAAUACUGGUCAAUUAUUAUAUGAAUGUGAUAUGGCUCAGUGUAAUAAUAUUACUAGUAAUAGCUUCACAAAUAUAGAUGGAAAUAUUUUGAUUUUACAAAGACAAACACAAACUGUACGAGCAUCAGAACCACGUAGUGGAAUUGAAAGGUAGUUUUUUUUAAAAGUUUGAGAUAAUAUAUUAUAGUUAUAUUUUUAGUUAAGUAUUGAUCAGACAGUAUUAUUUUGUUAUUGCUCCACCACUAGUUUAUUGUCUGUUGUCAUCAUUAUUGUUAAAAUACAAUAUUCAUAAUACUAUCAAUUUUUUUUCCUUUAGUGCUUGUUGAAAGCAGUUUUUCAUAACAAAUUGAGUGAAUUUGUAGUAAAGUAGUUACAUAAAAAUGAUUUAGAAUAAGUUGAAUUUAAAAUUUUUUGAUUUCUGUAUUUUUCUAAAAACUUCAUCUUGGAUCAUUAGUUUUCAGAUGAUACAACUACAGAUAUUAAAUUUAAAAAUUAUCUUAAUGCAUUUUAUUACUUAUCUUUUAUCCCAUUAAAUUAAUUUUUGAGUAAAUAUUUCCAAUACACUUAUACAAUUUAUAGUUUUAUUAAAAUUUAUGAAGAUGUACCUCUCAUUAUAAAGUAUUUUGUUAAAUAUAACUAUUAGAACUGGAUUUAUAAUAAUAUUUUAGGUUGUACUAAAUAGAAUUAAUAUAUAUGUAUAUAUUAUUUAAUAUUUCAGAUGGAAUUUCAGUGUUGGUUUACAUGAUCUCAAAGUUAUCAUGGAUUUAAAUACUAAUUGUUACACUACAAAGCCUAGUGUUAAACUUGAUUUUAAGAUAAACAUGCCUAAAGGAGUUAUAACAGCAGUAGCAUUUGACCGUCCUCAUGAAGUAGUUUGGACUCACAAAGUAAUCAGUUUUUAUAUUUCUAUUAAUUUCUUUGUGUAAAAUAUGUAAUUGCAUUUUUAGUCAAAGUCUCCAAUUGUAAAUGUUUGGAAAUUUGAAUACGGUAAAAUAGAAUCAAUUGAUUUGUUUAAACAUAAUCACAAUAUGAACUCUGUAAAUCCUUUAGUUUAUCUCGGGAUGCACCAAAAACAAGUACAUUUUUUUAAAAUUUGAUAAUUAAAUUUAUUCUAAGAUUCCAAAUACAGAUAUGUAAAUUAUAUUGUUAUACAAAUUUAAAAAACAUUUUUUUAUAGUUAUAUAUUCAAGAAAGCGAUAGAGUAUUUACUAUUUAUCCAACUUCAUAUCAGCAAUCACUUCUUCUUGAAGAACAUGAAGGAGACAAAUCUAGAAUUCCUUGGAACCCAAUACCCAUUUCUAGUAUGUAUAUCAUAUUAAUAUAGAAAAAAAAGUUCAUGUAGGUAAUCAUAAGUUUAUUAAAUAUGUAUAUUCUAUUUGUAUUAUAAAAUUCCUCCUUAAAUGAUAAAUGAAAUUUGUUUUUGCUGAUUUAAUAUAAAUUUGAUAUUCUAGCUGACAAAUGAUUGAAACAUAACAUAGAUUCAUUUAUACAUUUUUUUUAGAAUCCAAAUUCAGAUGAUAAGAGUUAUAAUCAGUGUUUGGAACGUUCACUAAAAAAAAUGAAUUUAUUCACGUUCCUUAAAAAAGAAACUUUCACGUUCAUUGAAAAAUUUAAUUUAAUUUAAUUUAAUUUAUUUACUUAAAUUUAAAUUUAAAUUAUUUUUUUGUCUAUUAAUAGUUUACCUACAUAGUAGGUACACAUUUCACAACAAUCGCAACUAUAAAUAAAUUCUGAGCGUGUUCUGUACAUUCCUGUUGUUUUGUAAUUCCAGUAAUUAAAUUUAAAUUUGACCACACAGAUGAUAAACGAUAAAGCCUUUUAUAGUCCACACAACCACGACAUACAUUUACACUUUGUUCAUUUUUAUUUUAAUUAGACGAUUAGAUUAGGUAUACCUAUUUAUUACAAAUUCGUGGAAAUUAUAAUAAUAGUAUUGUUGUUCAUUUUUGAGCCAAGCUAUCUGGAAUGUCAUGUAUUAAAUUUUUAUAAUAUUUGUCAUCAAAUAUUUAAAAUAUAUAAUAGGAAUUAUAACAGGAAAAUUCGAAAAUAUUAUUGUAUAAAAUAAAAUAAUCAAUAUAUUAAAUAUUUUAUACACAUAUAUUUAUUAAAUGGUAAAUAAAUUGAGCAUUUUAAAAAUUGUUCAAAUUCAUUUAUUAUAUAAAUGUUGUUCAUAUUCUAUUUGAAAAAAACGAGUGGCGUUCGCAUAUUGUUUACAAACUAUGAAGGUAAACAUGUGUUUAUGAACGACAUUCUUUCCAAACACUGAUUAUAAUUUAUAUUAGAUUUUAUCAGUUUUAUGUUAAUAUAAUUCCAUUGUGAUUUCAAUGAUCUAUACAUUUAAUGAAACCUUAUUGAUAAUCCGUAUUAAACUUAGUAUAUCACAGCUAAUUAAGAAAAAUGUUUAAGUUGGAAAAAUUGGAUACAAGAAUUUUUUUUUAAAUGCUAAAGAUUAUAAAUAAAUGCACAUUAAAUUUACAAUAUUAUUUUAAUACAUGUGUUAAUGUAAUGAGUAGAAUGAGUACAAAAAAUAUGAAAAAUCCAUUAAUAUACAAUACAAAUAGAUUGUAAAAUUUCAAAGUUUAAGGGCACCUUACAAAGUUAUAGUUCUAUUUUUCCAAUAUAAAGCAUUAAAAAAAAAUGAAUCAUUAAAUUUAUUAUUUUAUUCAAUUAUUUAAGCAUUAAUAUGUUUUUUUUUAAUAAUCAAAUUUUAUAUUGAAAAUAUACAGGAAACAAUAAUUAUGUUAAUACAUUUGAUCAAAAAACAAUAUACACAAUGCAAUCAGUGUAAUAAACUGAUACAAAUAUAAAAAUAAUAUAUAAUAUAUAAUAAUAUAAAUCUCUUAAUUAAUAAAUUGAUAAAUGAAUUUAUCAUUAAUUAAUUAGUUAAAAUAUUGUUACAUUAAAGGUCAAUUGAUUUCAAAAAGUUCUUCAGCUAUGCAAACUACUUAUGAUAUUUCUAAAACAACUGCCUUAUCUGUUUUAUAUGCAUCAGAGUACAUUAAUGGUAAAAAUUUAUAUUAUGUAUAGUUUAUAUUUUAUACAAUAUAUAGCUACAAAUAAAUUAGUUUUUUUUUUUUUUUUUUUACAGGUAAUGGUUAUUAUUUAAAUGGUCCAAAACAAUCAAAUAUAAUUGAUGAUGAACAAAAAAAGAAAUUUUCAAAAAAAAAAAAUGAAACUGAACAUAAUAAUAUUAUUAAAUAUGAAGAACUUGAAAUGCCAGUUGAAAUAAUUAUUGUUUCAUUGUGGUAUUGGUGGAAAGAAGUGUUAUUUAUUAGUGUUUUAACUGCCAUUUUGAUAAAUAUAUUUAUUCCAUCUCGUUUAGCUCGAAUAAUUACUUUUAUUUGUAAUCAUUCAGUAAGUUAAAUUUUAUAUUUAUUAUGAAAAUUUAAACAAUUUUCAUAAUUCUAAAUCAUUUAUAUAUUCAACAAAUUUUAAAAUGUUUAAAAUAUCAUAUUUUUGUAAUAGAACAACCAUGAAGUUAUUGAGAAAACAGAAAACACAAUUAAUGAUAAUACUGAUCAUUGUAAGGAUUCUGGUAUUGAAUUAAAUUCUAUUAUUGUUCAAAAACAAGCACUUCCAGUAGUAGAAUUUAAAUCACGUUAUUUACAAGAUUUUGAACCCAUUCAUUGCUUGGGAAAAGGUGGUUUCGGCAUUGUAUUUGAAGCUCGAAAUAAAAUUGAUGACUGUCAUUAUGCUAUUAAAAGAAUACCUUUACCAUCACAGUACGAUUAUAAAAAACAUAUUUAUUAAUAAUUAAUUAUAACUAUAAAUAAAAUAUCAAUAAUAUUACCCAUACUUUAUUAGUGUAAUAAUAAUAUUUGUUAAUUCACUACAUUAUAUUUAUAAUGAAAUGUAAAUACAACAGUUAGGAGGUUUUAUAAUGUUAAACUGUACAAAUUUAAUUUAUGUACAAUAUAUUAUGUAUUUUUUUUUUUAGAGAAGAAUCUAGAAAUCGUGUACUUCGUGAAGUUAAAGCACUAGCAAAAUUGGACCAUCAACAUAUUGUACGAUAUUUCAAUACUUGGCUUGAAGAACCUCCUAGGGGUUGGCAAGAAAAACAUGAUAAUGAUUGGAUACAAAAAUCUUGGUAAAAUAAAGUUUUAAUUGAGAUUCAUAAUAAUAUUUUUGCUUCAACAUUAUCCUCCCUAAAAGAGACUAAAACUGCAUAAUUGCAAGAAUUAAAUUAAAUUUGUAUAAAAACUUGUCAUAUUCUUAACAUUUUAAACCUAUAUACAUCAUGAAACAAUUCUUGCGGAAGAAUGUGCAAAUGAUAGAGAGAAUAUGUUGUGGCGGCGAUGGGCCUUAAAGGCCUGUAAAAGCUCAGAAGAAAAAGAAGAAGAUAUCAUGAAAGAAUGAUAAUUGAGAAAAAACAGGAAAACUGAAAAUUAUGAAAUGUAUUAUUUUAAAUUUUGGGUUUUGUUAUGAUUCAAUUAAAAAUAUUUGUUAAAACUUGCCAGAAAACUUAUAUUGUCUUUUCUAGACGUGGUAAAAUUUUCAAAAUAUUUUAGCCAUUUUUAAGCUAUUAAAAGAUAUUUUAAAUAUGUUAGUUUUUUAUUUGGUAGGUAUUAUAUGACUAUCAUUGUUUAGCUUAACAGAAAUGCUUAAAAAUUUAACAGAAUAUUUAGUGUAAGUUAUACUUUGUGGUGAAAAAAUUUUAAUUGCAAUAUAGAAUUUUUUUUUAUACAAAUUUUCACGAAAAUCAUAAGUAUUACAGCCUUUCAAAACAUGUAUACUGAACUUCGCUUUGAAUCUUUUUUUAUUAGCAAUGAUUAAUUGUUGUGUAGAGGUAUACAUUAAAUUACCCUUUAUGUCCUUCCUUCCUAACUUCUCACCUACAAUAGUGGUUCACCCAUUAUGCAAAAUAUGUCAGUCUUUUUUUUACUCUUAAGUGUAAAAAAACUAAUCUUAAAUUGAUAUACUUUUGUAUUUAUAUAGUUUAAAUUUUUGAACACUAACUUUAUAAUUUUGUAUUUUUUAGUGUUUUUGAUGCAAGUAAUAGUAUAAAAACUGCCGAAAAACAUACUAAUAAUAUUUUGAACACAAACAAACAUCAUGUACGAGCAAAAAGUUUGUCAACCAUGAUAACAUUUCCAGAAAGUAGUGGAGAGUUAUCUGACAUUUUAAACAAUCCUUAUGCCCUACGAUCAUAUAAUAAUGAUAAGAGUGACUCAUCAUUUAUUGUAUUUGAUAGUCAAACAAAUGAUAGCAGUAAAAAAGAUUGUAUACUGGAAUUGAGUUCAGACAACUUAACUAAAGGUAGUAAAAGAAGAAGACAUAAAUCUGAGUGUGAUACAGCAAGUAAUGCUCAUGGAGAUAGAAGAACUAGACAUUACUUAUACAUACAAAUGCAACUCUGUCAUAAAAAUAGUUUAAGAGAAUGGUUGAAAGAUAAUAUUAAAAAUAGAGAUAUGAAGUAUAUCUUAGAUAUUUUUAGCCAAAUUAUUCGAGCUGUUGAAUAUGUUCAUUUACAAGGAUUAAUACAUAGAGAUUUAAAAGUAUGAAUAAAUAAUUUAUAUAAUCUAUUCUACAAAAAUGUAAAUAUGUAUAUUUUUUUAAAGAUAGGUCAUAAUUUAUUAUUUACUAUUAUAAAAUUAUUCAGUCAAUUUCAUUGUAAUAGUUUGUAAUUUUGAACAAAACUAAAAUCAUAUCCUGGAUUGUUAGAUUAUGUGAAUGUAAUCAAAAAAAUGUUUUAUUGCAAGCCACAAUAUAUUUUGUUAUAUUGUGUUUUAUAUGAUAUUGAUCACCCUGUAUACGUUUGUGUAAAUUGGUUUUGUCAAUUACAAAAUAUUGAACCACACUGUUAUAGGAUAAUUACUUAAAAAAUAAAAUUAGGAACUCUUAUUGGCAUUAUAAAACUUUUAUUUCAACAUUUAAAUUCACUGUUGUUAUUAUUUACUAUUUAGUUAUUUAAUUUAGUAAAUAACUUAUAAAUCUUUUUUGUUAUAGCCUUCAAAUAUAUUCUUUUCAUUAGAUGGUCAGAUUAAAAUUGGUGAUUUUGGUUUAGUGACUGAAAUGAUAGAAUCUGAUGAAGGUAUAGCUGUAUGUGAUAAUAAAAAAAAAUGGUUAAAUGAACAACAUACUGAUCGAGUUGGUACACAAUUAUACAUGAGUCCAGAACAGGUAAAUAAUGUAAAACUAAUUUUAAUAAUACCAAAUCAAUAAUUUUUUUAAACAAAUUUACCUUAUAGAUUUCUGGAAUGUCAUAUAAUUAUAAAGUAGAUAUUUAUUCUCUUGGAGUUAUAUUUUUUGAACUGAUCAAUCCUUUUACUACAGAAAUGGAAAGAUAUCAAACACUAACUAGACUCAGGAAUAAUAUAUUUCCUUCUGAAUUUUCAAAAAAGUAUAAAAAUGAAGUUAGUAUUUAUUUAAAUUUGUAUGUAUACAUUUAUUCAUAUUUUAUAUAUUUUCUAAAAAUAUCUUUAUUUCUAAUUUAUAUCUAGUAUGAUUUGUUAUGCUUAAUGUUAUCACCACAACCAAAUUUACGUCCAACUACCUUUGGCAUUAGAGCAAGACCACCAUUACGUGGGACUAACUCUGAUCUGUGGCCUAGCCCUAUGGAUGAAUUUUGCAAUGAUGAUACCAGUAACCACUUUGAGCUGCCUACUAGAAAAAGGCUACUAUCAAGUAAUUUGACCACUCAUCAUAAGUAGUAAGACAAAGUAUUAAUAUACUUAAUACUAAGAAUGAUAUGUUUAUAUAUGUAUUAUUUAUUUUGAUAUAAUUGUUACUUUCCCUCAAAUUGAUUGUUAAAAAUUAAUUAAAAUUAAUUAUUACUUAAUCAUAUAGUAUACCAUAAGUUAUCUAAAUUAUUUAAAUUUAAAGGAAAUGUUAAUAAUUAAAAUGUAAGUAUUAUCAAUUAUUAUUUAUUUAAAAGAAAUAAAUCUAAUGAGUAUUAAAUAAGUUAUUAUUAUAACUGAUAAAAGACAU